UUCCAGGCCAGCGCUAGCAGCACACAGGGAGAAUGACACCUGUGAAAAUACAGUGUGGAUGGUUAGACCCCACCUGUGCUCCCCGCACCAGGAUUACUCGGGUGGUUGCCGGGCGAACAUGACCUCGGGGAACAGAACUUCCAUCAUUCAACAUUCAAUCACCCGCUGUGUCGUAAGUAGAGAUAAUUACCUAGGUAGCGUCUUCUGAAAACUGCUACCUUACCAGUCGCCAGAGCAGUUGAACACUCAUAAAGUAAGUAAGAUGAAUGCCAAGAUGAGUUUUAAUAAGCCGCGGUCGGCGUGCGUUACACACCUUGACAUAUGUCAUCAUCAGCAGCAGUGUACAAGGUGUGAUGUGGGAAGUGGUCCACUACAACACAUAAACCUGCAGUUGGCCCACCAUCCCCCAACAACCCGACCUGCACCCAUCGUAGCUCUUCGAGACUCGUAUCGCUGCUUGGUAUUUAGAACAUCUACUACUUAAUCCCGCCUGUAAGAGACAGCGAGGCAUCGUAGCCAAGCAAGCCAGCCAACCCACUUACUCCCUCGCUUUAUCUACAUAACCUAGAUAGAUAUCUCCUCGACCUGCUUUGCUGCUGCCAAGAAACCGGCUCCAACAUCGGACAAAGUCCCAUUCAAACUCGCAAGUUGGCCGAUAAUGAGUUGUUGAUACCUGAGCACUCAAUCGAAUUCUCCCUCCCAUCAUGCCAUUGUAUCACUGCCGGCAAAUAACGGCACUCUUCUCUAUAGCUGCCGCCAUCUUGUCGGUACACACGACACUAGCCGAUCCCGUCGAUCCGCUGGGGUACUCCGACGCCCUCGAUUUCUUCCCCAUUCACCGGAGAGACGUCACAUGUCCCGCCAACUACUUCAGCUGUGAAGACCAGGGAGCCCAAUUCCAGGGCGCCUGCUGCGAAAAUGGCCAGACCUGUUCCUUGGACGCCCAUCAGAGCGCCGCCUGCUGUCCCACCACAGCUACGUGCACGGGAGUAGCACCCGGCGGCGGACCUACGGCGACGGUUUCCUAUGUGAGCAACCAGUACUUCACAUUCCCCGCCAUACCCACCUCGUUCAGCAAUGCAGCAGCCUGUACCUCGGCCCUGCACGAUUGCUCCGACAACUACGAUGCUUGCGUGCAGGGUCUCGAAGGCGGCAACGCUGGCUACGGCGUGACUAUCCAGGUCCCAGGAGCCGCUGGCACCACCGUGGUCCAGGCAGGGGCGACACUCCCUUCCGCGACGGCGACAUCCGUGUGCUCGACCCUCUCACUCCAGGCCUGCCAUGGCUUAAGCAAUGGACUAUGCCGCGCCGGGACGCAGGGAGGAUUCACCAUCGGCAGUCAGAAUGGGGCUCCACGGCCCACGGCUGCUUGUAUGGCUGGUGUUAUCGCCGGAGUAGGCCUCGGGAUAGUAGGCGGCCGGUUAUAACGCUAUAUACAACUCAAAGUAGGGCUGGAUGCUGCGCCGCAUACCGCGAAUGGUCGGGCAAGGAAGUUAACUGGACGACGUUACGAAUUUAAUGACGGGUUUUCUGAUUGUAUAUGUUGGAUUUUCCCAUAGACGCUGGGCCGCAAUUUAGGGGAUGAGGGUUGGCAUGGGACAUUGGUAAUGCGACAGAUAGACACGGGAGCAUCGCGUUGGAUUUUACCACGCUUCAUGUUGGCUGUAACCUAGGGGAUGGAAUGAUAGGGGGAUUUGAAUACUAGCUCUCGUGAGAGAAGAAGCUUUGGAAAGGAGGGAGUGGAAAUGAUUUAACCGAUGUUUGAGACAUUGACACCAUUCCAUCACACACACGUGCAUUGGCAGGUAGAUAUCCGUAUGUCUGGCUAUCACCGUGUCUCAGCUACAUAUACCAUAUGAAUGGAUUCUGUUCACUUAUUCGACUGCAUGGCAUUGCGUAUUGAUAUCAGAUGUUUGGUCUAGUAUUCUUGAAAUCUUAUAUUCAUUUGUAUGAGCGAUUCCGAGCUAGGUGGUGUUCUGUUCUGUAGCUGCUAGGUCAAGUACAUAGGUAACCUAGGUAGUUGGGUGGCUACUAGGGUAUCAUAGGC